UCGAGCUAACAACACUCUCGGCUGGGCUUACAGAUUCAGCUUUUACUGGAAAUUUUAACCGCGCCCAGGAGAACUUACAAGACUGGAUAAAAUGCUGUUAGUGAGGCACAUUUUUCACUAAUGUUCAUUAUUAUAUAUUUUUAGUAAAAAUAAAUAAAUAAACGCCUCUGUUUGUCCUCCCGACAUUAUGCUAAAUUAGCCUACCAAGCUAAUUAGCUAGCUUCUCUAUACUCGCCUAUUGUUUUUAAAUAAACAACCCGGUGAAUUAGCUUUGUUUGAGACAACCUGACCAGUUGAUCUUCCGGACUUUAGGAUUGGAGAAAAAAAAAAGAAGGAAUGGUGCAGCCCCAGCCUGAUGGUCCGAUGCAGUGGGACAUGUCGGGGGAGGACAGCGGGGGGGCCCUCAGGGUCCCACCAGAGCUCGCUGGCAACGAAGUGGUGACCAGACUGCUGUGCGACAACCAGCAGCUCCGAGAGGCUCUGCGGCGGAGCAACCUCGCCCUGCGUCAGCGCUGCGAGGAGAUGGAGGGCUGGCAGCGGAAAACCAGGGAGGAGCGAGAAUUCCUCAGCUGCCGUUUCCAGGAGGCCCGGGCGCUGGUGGAGCGGCUGGCCCAGGAGAACCACUCCUUACACAGCAUGGUCAACCUGCCGGCGGCGUCGGCCUCCAAUCACUGCUGCAACUCCAGCCAGACCGAAGACUUGCAGGGACGCCCCGCCAAAAACGGGCCGGUAGAGGGGCCGCAGACUCUGGAUCAGUGGGAGAGAAAACGGGUCGAGGACACGGAACAGCAAACCCAAACCACUCCGCUUCGCAGCCUGCCAGUGGAGGGCGCAAACGAGUUCCUGCAGCUGCUGAAGACCCACAAGGAGGAGAUGAAGGAGGGAACGAGGGAGCUCAGGAGGAAGAAUGAAGAACUGGAGUGGAAGAACGGAGAGCUGGAGAGGAAGAUGGAAGAGGGAGAGGUGGAGAAGGAGCGAAUGCGCCGCUGCAUCGACCAGCUCCGAGCCAAGCUGCUGCAGGUGCAGGYGAGCGGCGGCUCUGAAGAAACCGUUCAGCUUCGCGCUGAGGCGCAGCAUUCCUCCGACUGUUUUGGCCUGGCUAAACUCACAGAGCAGCUUCAGGCCACACAGGGCAGGUAUCGGGAGCUGGAGGAGAAGCUGGAUUACCUGCAGAAGAGCUCUGCUCAGCGGGACCGGACAGAAGCUCUGCUCAAACAGAAGGACAAGGACUGUGCUCAGCUGGCCAAAGACUGCGAGGCCCUGAAAGCCCAGGCAACCUCCCUGCUAGGAGAGCUGAACGAGAGGCAGAGCUGCCUGGAGAAAAGCGAGUACGAGCGCAAAAUUCUGGAGGAGAAGCUGGUGGGUAAGGUGAAGGCACUGCAGGCGGCGGAGCGAGAGCUGGAGCAGCAGAAGACGCAGCACAACGUGGCCAUGGACAAGCUGCUGCUGCAGGUCCAGGGUCUGGAGCAGGCCCUGAAGACGGAGAGGCACACCGUCACUGAGGAGAAGAAAAAACUGACCCAGCUGCAGCACGCCUACACGUGUCUGUUCAGAGACUACGAUUCCAAACUGAAGAACGAGGAAGGAGACCUCAGCAGCCGACUGGAGGAGGCGGAGCGGGCGCUCGCCUUGAAGCAGGACCUGAUCGACAAACUGAAGGAGGAGGUGGAGCAACAGAAAGGCUCGCUGGAGACCGUCCCUGUCCUGACCGCGCAGGCGGAGAUCUACAAGGCCGAUUUCCUUGCAGAGCGAGAAGCGCGAGAGAAGCUGAACCAGAAGAAGGAGGAGCUGCAGGAAGAGCUUAAUAAGGCCGUGACCGAGAUCGAAAGGCUCAAUCAGGAUCUCUUAUCACGUGAACGUAUGGAGCAGAUGAAGAAGAGACACGUGAAAGACUUCCCCCAGCGACCCGUCCUCAUUCCCCCUCCGCAAGGAAUGUUUCCUGCAGGAGCCUUCAACACAGUCCCCCCAGCCCAGUCUUUCCGGAACCAGGUACCAGUCAACGAUCGAGGAGCACCAGGAGCCGAAGAGCUUCCCGAUUUAUGUUGCCCGAAGUGUCACUACCUGGCUCCAGACAUGGACACGCUGCAGAUACAUGUCAUGGACUGUAUACAGUAACACCAGCAGGGGGCGCAUGGAAACACAAAUUUGUAGUAGAUAUUUGCAUUCAGUGUAUUUGCAUUUGGAAAACAAAACAAAAAAAAAAGUUUUGUUGUUGCACCUUACUCACACUCUGCCGUGCAAAUACACAACCCCAACGUGGAUCUUAAAGGUAAAAAUAAACACAUUAAAAUCAAACGGCAUGUCGAGGCAAUCGGAUCAUAAAGUGAAAGAGAAGAUAACGUCACAUUUUUCCCUACGCUGCUUCAUAAAUUCGUCGCUCAUCCUUUUUGAAUUCAUCUUAAUUUUCAUCCAAAACACCUGGCCUCUUAUUUCCUAACCCCACCCACUGUGCAUCGCUUCUGAAAACUCACUUUUUGAACAUGAUUCCACCUUUUUUUUUUAGUGCAAACCACAUGCGUCUUUCCUCCAACAUAUCAGUAUUUAUUGGACCUAUUAAAUAAUGUGAUAAAUCAGAGGAUUUUUUUAAAAUGCAUAAGAAUUAUUUAGUGAGCUUUAAAUAAAGAACAUUUAAAUAUGUUUUGGUUGCAAACGUAGCAUUUUGCAUUACCUCAAAACAUGUAUUAUGUGUUAGAGACGGAGUUACUCUUGUUGAAAAAAAAGUAGCCACUCUCUGUUUUCUGUGCCUGUGUUUUUAAAUGUGCUGCUGCUUGAACUCUGACGCUUAACCCCAGCACGGAGCUUGUUGUGCUCUUUAUUCUGUCUAAUCUUUACCCGUAACGCCUGCUAUUUAUCUAUAUGAAUGUAAACACAUUGAGGUUCCUUCACCAAUUGUGAUAAUAUUGUUUGUAAUUAAAAUCAUUUUGUUGCAAAUGGUCAAACUGUUGGAGAUUUGCAAAAAUAAAUUAGUUAUUAAAUUGUACUUGUCUUACCUAAGGCUAACUUAAUGAAAAUAAAACUGAUGUGUCAGCAUGCUGCA